AAAUAAAUCAAAAUCUAGCUUUGUCGUUAUUACCUCUGUUUCUCUUCUCUUCCAUCUCUCUCCCCACUUCAAAUUUUUUUUUUCUCCAGUUUUCCCCAACUUUGAAACCUAAACCUUUUCUUCCCCCCCAGAUUAGGCGCAGAACCACCAGCGGAAAAUCCCAUCUUUUUUACUAUCUGCUCACACGAUUUCAAGGUUUGGGACAGCCCAUUUUGAGAAUACCAUCGUUUUGUACCUUGUAAGAAGAUAGAGGAAGAAAAAACCUUGAUCUUCUGCAUUUUCGGCGUUGUUUCUUUAAGAUUUGGCCACAAAUUCGUGGAAGAAGAUAGGGGAGUUGUAAGGGAAGGUUAACGAAGUGGGUAUGUACCCCCUCUGUCUCUUUGUGGGGUUAUUGGAUGCUCAAUGCUUGUAAUUCAGCUGGAUCAUUGCUUUCAUUCAGAUUUCCUUGCGUUGAAUUUCGAUCAAAGAUUGUAUCUUUAUGUGCCUUUUAUUUAUUUUGUUCUUGGCGUGUACCAUUUGUUUAAUGUUUGUAUAAUGUGGGUAAUGGUCAAUUAGGGGAGUGGGGAUUUGUUUUGGGUUGUGAUCUUACCGAUGGGAGAGUCCAUUUUUCUUGAAGUUCUCAUAUAAUGUCAUAGUAGAGUGUUAAGUAGAAACUGGGGAACUGUGUGUAUACUUGUUACAGUAAACUUUGUUCUGUGUAAUUAUCAUGAAUUAGUUAAAUCGUGUGAUUCCUGCUUCCUUUAGUGAGGUUCUAUUGUUGGAGAAGUACUACACAAGAGGUUGCAGAUGAUAUUAUGAUUGUGGUUUUAUAUUUCUAUGGGUGGGCCUCGGUUCUGGAGCCGUGCUUUGUUGUUAUGAUCUGAAAGGAGGGUUUCCUGUGAAUAUGAAUUGCUAUAGUAAACAGUAGAAGGAAUGUGAAAGAUCAUGGAUUGUUGAUACAAAUUUACAACUUGUUUGAUUGUGGAGUUGUAUUAUACUAUUUUUAGCUUUGGUCACCAGAAGAUUUUUUUUGAAGUUUGAUGUGUGUUACAUAUUAAAAGUGCAGUUUCAUUUUUGUCUGAGAAGUCACAUUUCUAUGAAGAAAAAGUUGAAAAAGUUUCUUGUAAAUCCUUGAAUAAUUCACUUAACUUUGUACAUUCAAACCGUUUAAAUUUGUUUCUUUGCUGCUUCUAGCAUAGUUGUUGGCUAAACUUUCUUGUGCAAGCUCUUCUUCAUUCAAAUUAGUUGUUGGGCUGUCAAAAGAUUUGUCUAGUUUAAUUUUGUAGCUGUCCUUAGCUCAUGAACAAGUCUUGCCAUUUAAUGCCUAGUACUCUUGCUAACAUUUCCUUAGUCCGGCAAUCAGAGAUUCUCAUUAGUCGUAAAUAUGAUACUACUGUGGUAUCAUCUAUUAAUUUCUUCUGAAGUUAAUAGAUGUUAGACUCCCGGAGCUAAUUUUUUUGUUCUGAGCUUUUUUAACUAUAUAAGUAAGGGUGUUGUGGAAUCAUGUACAAGUUACAUGUGAUAAAAGUUGAACUUUUGGAAGGUAGGGGUUGUACUUUUAAGAAAGGAUGGCUCUUUGAAUGUAUACUUGUCCAUAGCUUCCUUCUUUUUUUUUUGUUUGAUGGUAUCUGUGAUGUCAGGAACCUAGUUUAACCACUUUGCUUCUGUUACAAGAAACUCGGUUUCUUUAUGGAACUUCUGAUUUUUCUCAUACAUAUUGCAGGUACUGAGUUGGCCAAUCUUGUUUAUGUUCAAUCCUAUAUUCCUUUCUUGCUCCCUGGAACAGCCCUAGACAUGCCUGCCCUUCCUUGGAAGUUUUCUACUGUGGUGAUCCGGCAUCAGGGUUUUAGGUUCUAAAUCAGGCUUUUCUUUUUGUUUUAUAAGAAAACAUCAAAAUGGCUUCUUAGUGCAUGCCAUCAGGGGCUAAAAAAAUGGCUUUCUAUUCAGAGGAGGGACAAACUGAGGAUUACCUUUUCAAGAUUGUCUUAAUAGGUGAUUCUGCCGUUGGGAAAUCAAACUUGCUUGCUAGAUUUGCUAGAGAUGAGUUUUAUCCUAAUUCAAAAUCGACCAUAGGAGUAGAAUUCCAGACACAGAAGGUGGAAAUCAAUGGGAAAGAAGUCAAGGCACAGAUCUGGGAUACUGCCGGGCAGGAGCGAUUUAGGGCUGUUACCUCUGCAUAUUACCGAGGUGCCGUGGGAGCUCUUCUGGUGUACGAUAUCAGUAGGCGACAGACAUUUGAUAGUAUCGGAAGAUGGCUAAAUGAGCUCCACACACACUCGGACAUGAAUGUUGUGACGAUAUUAGUUGGAAACAAAUCUGACCUCAAAGAUGCCAGGGAGGUAUCAACUGCCGAAGGGAAGUCCUUAGCAGAAGCGCAGGGUCUUUUCUUCAUCGAAACUUCUGCACUGGACUCAUCUAACGUCGCAGCUGCAUUUCAGACAGUUGUGAGGGAGAUAUAUAAUAUACUGAGCCGAAAAGUCAUUCAAUCCCAAGAGCUGAAGCAAAAGGAUGGCGGCAGCUGGAUGGGUAACGGAAAGACUGUCGUAUUGCAGGCCAAUGGGAAUGAAGAAGCCGAGGAGCAAGUGAAAAAAGGUUGGUGUUGUUCCACGUGAAAGGUCAUCGUUCGUUACGGGUAACUGUAAAAAAGGCAUUUGAUCUCUUCCUCAACAUGUUGCAUUGCGUGUCCUCGGUUUCUUUCUUCGGGGACUUUCCGACACUUGCAUUGAUUUCGUUACUUUCCUUGAUGGAUUUGUAAACCCUAUUUUCUUUGCUUUAGCAGUGGCAAGGGAAAUAUUGGCUUUUGAUUCUUGGUUUACAAAGUGGGAGUCUGGUACAAGAAAGUGUAAAUGACCUGAGAGGGGGAUAAGGUUUUGUAAUAUUUUUUUUUUUCCCUUUAAUUUGUCUUUUUGGUCACCCUAACUUUUCUUCUGCACCGGAGGCCGUUCCUGGUUUUGACUUCUUUUUUUUCUUUUUGUAGAUUGGUUAAGUACUGUACUUGUGGUUUUUUGAUACAAUAACGUUGUUCUCCACGAUGAGUUCCUUCUGAGUUUAGGAGAGAGAGAUACAUCAUUCAAUAUUGUGUUGAGUGACGGCAUCAUUCAGGCUGGUGAUCCUUUGAUAACAGAAAAAUUGCCUAAUCUCAUCUGACUCUUAUAGGAAUGGUGAUGAAUGGUGAUCAUCAAUGUGUUUGUUUUUUUUUUGGAAAAGUUUUCAUUCUUUUACCUUUCUUUCUGGUAAGCAAAGUUUUCGUUUUUCCAUUAAAAGGUGGGAAAGUUGAAUUGAAAUGUAGAAGAUGUAAUAUUGAAAAUAUGACAAUAUUAAUUAUUAAUUUAUUUUUUUUCCCC